GACUUUCCGCGUUGUGGGCGGGGCGCGGCCAAGUGCCUGGUACUUUUGCAGCUGGCGUCUCUGCUGACCAUCCCCAGGUCCUGUGUCCUUAGGUCAGAGGCUCACGGGGACCCGCUGAUCCAGCUGCUUUCUCGAAGGCUGUUGUCUAGCUGGUCUUCCACCGUCUGUGGCCUACAUGGGCCUGAAGGACCCCUCUGCGCUUAAGCCGUGGCAUUAAAAAAUAUUUAAUCAUUCAUGAGUUGAGCCUCAUUCUUGAGUUAUGGAUGACAAGGCUUCUGUUGGAAAAAUCAGUGUCUCCUCAGACUCAGUGUCUACUCUUAAUAGUGAAGAUUUUGUCUUGGUUUCCAGGCAAGGAGAUGAGACACCAUCUACAAAUAAUGGAAGUGAUGAUGAGAAAACAGGACUCAAGAUUGUAGGGAAUGGAAGUGAGCAGCAGCUGCAGAAAGAGCUAGCAGAUGUGCUGAUGGAUCCUCCCAUGGAAGACCAACCAGGGAACAAAGAGCUUGUGGAAAGGUCACAACUGGAUGGUGAAGGAGAUGGGCCUCUUUCUAAUCAACUCUCAGCUUCGUCCACCAUUAACCCUGUGCCAUUAAUAGGGCUUCCAAAACCAGAGAUGAGCCUGCCAGUGAAACCUGGACAAGGAGAUGCUGAAGUGUCAAGUCCUUUCACACCAGUGGCUGAUGAGGAUAGUGUGGUUUUCAGUAAACUGACUUAUUUAGGCUGUGCCUCAGUGAAUGCUCCCAGGAGUGAAGUGGAAGCCCUGAGGAUGAUGUCCAUCUUAAGAAGCCAGUGUCAGAUUUCACUGGAUGUAACCCUCUCUGUGCCGAAUGUAUCUGAAGGAACUGUGAGACUCUUAGAUCCUCAAACAAACACUGAAAUAGCAAACUACCCUAUCUACAAAAUCCUUUUCUGUGUCAGAGGGCAUGAUGGAACUCCAGAGAGUGACUGUUUUGCUUUCACUGAAAGUCAUUAUAACGCAGAGCUCUUCAGAAUACACGUCUUUCGAUGUGAAAUACAAGAAGCUGUGAGCCGGAUACUUUACAGUUUUGCAACUGCCUUCCGCCGUUCUGCCAAGCAGACCCCACUUUCAGCCACUCCUGUACCGCAGACUCCUGACAAUGACAUCUUUACCUUCUCUGUGUCUUUAGAAAUAAAAGAAGAUGAUGGUAAAGGUUAUUUUAGUGCUGUUCCUAAAGACAAGGAUAGACAAUGCUUUAAACUUCGACAAGGAAUUGAUAAGAAGAUUGUUAUUUAUGUGCAACAAACAACUAACAAAGAACUUGCUAUUGAAAGGUGUUUUGGACUUCUCCUUAGCCCAGGAAAAGAUGUUCGAAAUAGUGAUAUGCAUUUGUUAGACUUGGAGUCUAUGGGCAAAAGUUCAGAUGGAAAGUCUUAUGUUAUUACUGGAAGUUGGAACCCAAAAUCUCCACAUUUUCAAGUUGUGAAUGAAGAAACUCCUAAAGAUAAAGUACUGUUUAUGACCACAGCUGUUGAUUUGGUAAUUACAGAAGUACAGGAGCCUGUGCGAUUUCUUUUAGAGACAAAAGUUCGAGUGUGCUCACCUAAUGAAAGAUUAUUCUGGCCCUUCAGCAAACGUAGUUCUACUGAAAAUUUCUUUUUGAAACUAAAGCAGAUAAAACAAAAAGAAAGAAAGAAUAAUGCUGACACUCUGUAUGAAGUUGUAUGUCUGGAAAGUGAAUCAGAACGAGAGAAAAGGAAAACUACAGCCAGUCCUUCAAUUCGCCUACCCCAGUCUGGAUCUCAGAGCUCAAUGAUCCCUUCUCCUCCAGAAGAUGAUGAAGAGGAAGAUAACGAUGAACCUCUCUUGAGUGGAUUUGGUGAUGUAUCCAAAGAAUGUGCAGAAAAAAUUCUUGAAACAUGGGGAGAACUACUAUCAAAAUGGCAUCUCAACUUGAGUGUGAGACCAAAGCAGUUGUCAUCUUUAGUGAGAAAUGGUGUCCCAGAGGCUCUUCGAGGAGAAGUCUGGCAGCUGCUAGCAGGCUGUCACAAUAAUGACCACUUAGUAGAAAAGUACCGAAUUCUCAUCACAAAGGAAUCUCCCCAGGACAGUGCCAUUACCAGGGAUAUUAACCGAACAUUCCCAGCCCAUGACUACUUCAAAGACACAGGGGGAGAUGGACAAGAUUCCUUAUAUAAAAUAUGCAAGGCUUAUUCUGUGUAUGAUGAAGAGAUCGGUUACUGCCAGGGCCAGUCAUUUCUUGCUGCUGUGCUGCUUCUCCAUAUGCCGGAAGAACAGGCAUUCAGUGUUCUGGUCAAGAUCAUGUUUGACUAUGGUCUCAGGGAACUUUUCAAGCAAAACUUUGAAGAUUUGCAUUGCAAAUUUUACCAGUUGGAGCGCCUCAUGCAGGAAUACAUUCCUGACCUGUACAACCACUUCCUGGAUAUCAGCCUUGAAGCACAUAUGUAUGCCUCCCAGUGGUUUCUUACGCUUUUCACUGCAAAAUUCCCUCUCUACAUGGUCUUCCAUAUCAUCGACCUGCUCUUAUGUGAGGGGAUAAGUGUUAUUUUUAACGUUGCCCUUGGAUUACUAAAGACUUCCAAGGAUGAUCUGUUAUUGACAGACUUUGAAGGUGCCUUGAAGUUCUUCAGGGUUCAGCUUCCUAAGAGAUACCGCUCAGAAGAAAAUGCAAAGAAACUAAUGGAAUUAGCUUGUAACAUGAAGAUUAGUCAGAAGAAGCUGAAGAAGUAUGAAAAAGAAUAUCACACCAUGAGGGAACAGCAGGCCCAACAAGAAGACCCCAUUGAGCGAUCUGAGCGGGAGAAUAGGCGUUUACAAGAAGCUAAUAUGAGGUUGGAACAGGAAAAUGAUGACUUAGCUCACGAGCUGGUGACCAGCAAGAUUGCCCUGCGGAAGGACCUGGAUAAUGCAGAGGAAAAAGCAGAUGCACUCAAUAAGGAGCUGCUGAUGACCAAACAGAAGCUGAUAGAUGCAGAAGAAGAGAAGAGGCGCUUGGAAGAAGAGUCUGCACAGUUAAAGGAAAUGUGCCGUCGGGAACUUGACAAAGCAGAAUCUGAGAUUAAAAAAAACAGUUCUAUCAUCGGUGACUAUAAGCAGAUUUGUUCCCAGUUGAGUGAAAGACUGGAGAAGCAGCAGACAGCUAAUAAAGUAGAGAUUGAGAAAAUUCGGCAAAAAGUAGAUGACUGUGACCGCUGCCGGGAAUUUUUCAGCAAAGAAGGACGUGUGAAGGGCAUCAGCUCAACCAAGGACGUUUUAGAUGAGGACACAGAUGAAGAAAAGGAGACACUUAAGAACCAGCUGAGAGAGAUGGAGCUAGAACUGGCACAAACCAAGCUCCAGUUAGUAGAAGCCGAGUGUAAGAUCCAGGACUUGGAGCACCACCUAGGCCUUGCCCUCAAUGAGGUGCAGGCGGCCAAGAAGACAUGGUUUAACCGAACGCUGAGCUCCAUAAAGACAGCAACUGGGGUUCAAGGCAAAGAGACUUGUUGAGAGCUGUUGCCUCCAGACACCUGCAGAAAACACGCCACCUUUUGUUGCCUUCUUUGGCCAGAUGUGUGAUUAUGUGGCAUGUUCCAGGACCAGAAUGUACCUAGGUCAGAUCUGUAGAUGCAUGUUGGUAAGUCAGUGGGCCCUGGCUCCACAGCAGGAAGCCUCUGGGUAAGGCUUUCCUCACCGCUGACACCAACAAGCUGCCAGCCCAGCUGAUGAUCUGGACAUACCAGUCACUCUUCAGUGUGCCACCCAGCCUCUUCCAGUGUAGGUCAAACCUCACUCAGCCUAAAGGUUGAGUUUACAUGAUCAGAGUUUGGGGAUCCUCCAGUGUGUUGAUUUUUUUUUUUUCUAAACCUUUAAUUAAAAAAAAUGCACACACACAUAUACGUAUUAUAUAUAUAUUGGGGGUAGGGAUCUGAGAUUAGAGCAAUUCUUCACUGUCAAUGCCAGCAGAGGACCUUCCCCCUCCCCCUCCAGACAUGGUGAAGCACUUUGUUUUUACAUAGGAGGGUUUCCUAGUCAUAGGUGAAGCCACCUAGUUUUGUUAACUGAUCUACAAUGCACAGGUUUUUGGUUUAGCAUUAUUCACGUUCCUGAUCAAUUCUAUGCAAUUCUCACAGUCCUGUCAUGUUUUCGUGUUAGCUGCAAAAACGACUUCAAAAGGCUGGGGUGGGUAACAUGACUGUGAGACUGGAUUAAUCGUUACGUGGACAAAUCUUAUUUUUUUGCUUACGGUGUCAUGUGUACAUAUAUAAAUACCUUUCCCUAUAUGCCCUAUUGACCAUGUUUAAUUCCAGACUAGGACUGCUGAUCUGCACAACUGACUUCUGUGGUUAUUGGACACUUAAACUUUCACUCAAGGUUUAGUGGGCUCUGCUCUUCUUUUUGCCAGCAUGGGGGAGGGGCAGAGCUCCCUCGGUUCUAGAGUGUUUUUUGCAUAGCAAGUUUUACAAGUGAGGAAGACUGAGCUUUGUGUCUUAAGUACAUAUGAGUAUGCACAUACUGUGAGGUCCCCACUGUCCUGGCCUGGUCUCUGUCGGGUGGUCCUCUGAGCCUUCCCCGACUGUGACGAGGUACAGAUCUCACUGUUCCAGAUAGAUGAGCUGCAGGUUUUUUUCUUACUUCAGAGAUAUGGAAUGGUGGUUUUAGCACCUUUUUUAUUAAAAAAACAAAUUUUUUUUAAAUUGACUUUUAAUUUAUGUGGUAAUAAUGCUGACAGGCGGUCUCACAGGUGGCUCGCCCUCUUCUCUGUACUUAAUGUGCAGGUGGCACUGGUUUGUAUAUAGGGACACUUUGGGUUGUUUUGUAUCUUUCCCUGUUGGCUGUACUAACGCUUGCUGAGGUCAUCUGUGGUAAUCCCCUACCCAGCCCACUCCCACCACCACCACCACCUUCUGUCUCUUUUUGUUCAGUUACCAAAACAACUGUAAGACCAUCUAAUACUAGGUGUGUGGACAUUGUGCUAGGGUAAUUUGUGUGUCAACUUAUGAACUGAAAUAUAAACCAGUAAAAUUGUAUUAUUA